AUGAAUCCAUCGUCAAUUCCAUCACCCCCAAAACUGCAGGUGGCUCAUGUUCUCGCUGAUCUUAAUACCCUCAAACAAGCGCCUCCUAAAGCCACCCUCUCCUUCCUACGCACCCUCUCCACCAUUUCAGCCGACAUACACGAAAGGAAAACAUCAAUCCAUUCACAGCCAGUGCCGACAUUUGAUAGCCUAGGCCGCCGUAUACCUUCACUUCCCUCUGUUAUCCAACCGCCCUCCGCGUUUCAAUCCCUAUCUCCUCCUCUUAGGGAACACUCACCUACAGAAUCAAUUGAUCUUCCAGAAACCGAGGAAUCAAAGGCAGAGAGUCGAGAGCGACGUCUUGAAAGAAGGAGAAGUAGCGGGAAAGAUGAGGAGUUCAUGCGGGCGAAGACAUUACUGGCGUAUUACAAUAAUCGAGACAAGCUACAGGAAAGGGGUGAAAGGGGAUUGGCAUUAUCACAGGAAAGAGUUAGUAAGGCGUUGAACGAACAGGCAGAAAAGAGACACCAGGUGAGGAAAAGAGCUUCUGUUGGAAGACUUGGAGUACCAGACACGGCUAGUUACUUUUAA